CAAUUUCAUUCAUUUCCGCAUCUGUUUCUAUCUUUCCCAAUAAGACAACUCAUGACUUCUGCCUGGGACCCGUUCACGUUUGAUCCGUUCUUCUCGGAUAUUACUCGUCCAUUUGGCGGAUUCGGCGACCGGUGGAGCGACCGAGGCGACCGCGACAGAUGGAAUACUCCACUUUUGACUGACCCUGGGAAUCAACCUGGCGCUUUAGCCACUACCGGCGGCCGUGGUGGAGCAUUGACUACCCCUUCCCGAGGCUGGGAGGCCUUCACCCGUGGUCCUCGCCUUGAUGUAACAGAGACGGACAAGGAAUAUAUCAUCAAAGCCGAUCUCCCCGGUCUCAAUAAGGAUGACGUCAAGAUUCAUCUGGAUAACGAUGUUCUCACCAUUGAAGGCGAGCGUAAAGAUGAGCGCGAGGAAAGAGAUGGGGAUCGCUUCCACAUUGUGGAACGCACAUUUGGGCGAUUCCGUCGUUCCAUCCGCCUCCCGCCGGAUGCCCAAGUCGACAAUGUGAACGCAAAGAUGGAGAAUGGUGUCCUUGAGCUUGAUAUUCCGAAAAAUCCGGAAGUUCGUGAGCAGAGGAAGAAGGUUGAUAUUCAAUGA